GUGAUCUCACACCCUUCAAUUGGAGGCUUCAUAACACGCGGUGAUUGGGUCGAAGCGUGCCCUAGCAACUCCUUAUUCAAACCCACAAAUCCAAAUCCAUCCGCUUACAGAUCUCUCUCGCUCUCUAUCAAUGGCCGCAUGGCCUCCCUCUCCUUCAAACCCCCAGCCAACAUCUAUGGCCUCCCAAUCAAUAUUUUGUAUCAUCUCCAUCCGCUUAGAUCUCUCUCUCUCUCUCUCUCUCUCGCUCUCUAUCAAUGGCCGCAGGGCCUCCCUCUCCUUCAAACCCCCAGUCAACAUCUAUGGCCUCCCAAUCAAUAUUUUGUAUCAUCUAUGUGAGUGAACCAGAUCUACCAAUGGCUUCCUCCCUCCCUCACCUUCAAAACCCAAUACAAAUCCAUCCGCUUACAGAUCUCUCUCUCUCGCUCUUUAUCAAUGGCCGCAGGGCCUCCCUCUCCUUCAAACUCCCAAUCAAUAUCUAUGGCCACCAGAUCUACCAAUGGCUUCCUCCCACCCUCCCUCGCCUUCAAACCCCGAUCCAAAUCCAUCCGCUUACAGAUCUAUCUAUCACAAUGGCCGCAGGCCUCCCUCUCCUCCCUCGCCUUCAAACCCCCAAUCCAAAUCCAUCCGCUUACAGAUCUCUGGCCGGACGGCCUCCUUCUCUUUCAAACUGGAUAGAGGCAGCGGAGGCGGUGGAAGGUUGAGAUUCUCGAGGUGAGGCGGCGGCGGAGGAGGCGGCUCAGUGGCGCGGUCCAGUGGCCGAUUGUGGCUUUGGAGGACUCACAGAGGCUGGGUCUGACUCUGUGUUGCUGGGCCUGGGCCUGCUGCAGGUAUUCACUCCCCAUACAUUAACAUACAUAGAAUUAAAUCAACCAUUUGAUUUUUGUUGUUGCAAUCAUUUUAAAAAAAAGAAGAAGAAUUUUAUUAAACGUAUUUAAACAGCCUCCCCUCCCAUUCAAUUAACCAUUUGAUUUCACCACCAAAAAAAACCAUUUCAUUUGUCUUUUUUUUUAGUUAGUUCCUCAAAUAUAAUCUUAUGAACAAACCCUGAACCCUAAUAUGAUUUUAAGAGUUCAAUGAAACAUGGUCUAUUUUAUGAAUUUUGGGUUUCACCGGUUAAAAUUUGUAAAUUUCAUAGUUCUUAGAAACCUAGCCCUUUUAAAGCAAACUUUUGGGGGAAAAGAACGAAGAAAAACCAUCUGCUCAGCUCCCUCGUCUCUUUUGCGGCGCCACUGUUCACAACUGUUCACUGCUCUGCUCACUGGUCCAUUGGUAUUUUUCGUUUCCCUUUUCUUGUAAUGAAUUGAUUGCUCCCUUUUCUUGUAAUGAAUUGAUUGCUCUGUUCACCACUGUUCACUGCUCUGCUCACUUGGUUGCUGUAAAAGAAGAAGAAUUUUAUCAAACGUAUUUAAACAGCCUCCCCUCCCAUUCAAUUAACCAUUUGAUUUCACCACAAAAAAAAACCAUUUCAUUUGUCUUUUUUUUAGUUAGUUCCUCAAAUAUAAUCUUAUGAACAAAUCCUGAACCCUAAUAAGAUUUUAAGAGUUCAAUGAAACAUGGUCUAUUUUAUGAAUUUUGGGUUUCACCGGUUAAAAUUUGUAAUUUUCAUAGUUGAACUUAGAAACCUAGCCAUUUUAAAGCAAACUUUUGGGGGAAAAGAACAAGAAAAACCAUCUGCUCAGCUCCCUCGUCUCUUUUGCGGCGCCACUGUUCACCAUUGUUGUUUACCACUGUUUGCCACUGUUUGCCAUUGUUUGCUACCAUUGUUUGCCCCCUGUUCACCACUGUUUGCCCCCUGUUUGCCAUUGUUCACCACUGUUCACUGCUCUGCUCACUGGUCCAUUAGGUAGUUUUCGUUUCCCUUUUCUUGUAAUAAAUUGAUUGCUCUGUUCACCACUGUGCAUAUGUCAUGUAUGUGUGUAUAUCUUUAUCUGUUUUAAUUUGUCUGUAUAGGUUAUGAUUUUGUUUUCAUGAUUUAUUUUAGAAAUGGCUGGGAAUAUGCAACAUCAACUACCCCUACAGCCCAUACCAUAUCCUUUGAUUUUUGUACCCAUAGUUCAGUUUGGUCUAUACUUCAUCUUUGCCAUAACUGGGUUUUCUUUUUUUCACCAUUUCUCUUCCAACAAGAAUUCCCCCCCUAAGCUUGUCCGUAACUCUAUUGUCGAUGGAACAUACAUGGCAGUGGUUACAUUUGCAACUGUGGGGUAUGGGGACUUUGUGGCCCAUGCCAUUUGGGAGAAAUGGUUUGCUAUAGCUGUAAUAGGAAUUGGUUGCUUGUAUGUGGAGCCGUGUGUGAAUUUAUGUAUGAUUCGGUUAAGCGAUAGGCUUAUCACACAUUUAUAUAAUAGAAUUUUUGCGAAUGCUGGAAAUGUCGAAGGCAAUGUGAUAAAGAUUGAAUUUACAUGUUCAAUAUUGUCCAUUGUCCUUGUUGUGAGUGUGGGAGUGGCGGGUAUUUGCAUUAUUGAAGGCCACUCAUUUACCGAUGGCCUUUACUUUUGCGUUUGCUCUCUUGCAUUGGUUGGUUAUGGCGAUUUAAGCUUUAAAACAACCGGUGGCAAAUAUUUUGCCAUCUUUUGGUUGCCUUCGAGUGCCCUUAUUGUGAGGAGGGCAAUCGACAUCAUCCACCACCACUUUGACUCCUGGAGGGUGCACAGGUUAGUCCCAAUGGUUGUGACAGUUGUCAAUUGGUGCCAUGUUGUGCAAACGGCUGGGUCUUUAAGGCAGACAGACGAGGGGGCAGCAACAGCAACUAGGGGACUGGAAGAGGAGGGGUCAGCGACAGCAGCAGGGCCACGGGAAGUGGGGGAGGCGGCAGCAGCAGGGCCACGGGAAGAGGGGGAGGCGGCAGCAGCAGCACAGGCUCUGGCAGUGCAGAAGGGAGAACAGGCAGGUGCAUGA